CAGUGUAAAAUGUCAGUGGUGCAGUUUGAGUGCAGCAGACUCGUUAACUGCGGGUUUAGGUUUAACCUCGGAGGAAGAGAGUGGGCCGCUGGGAGACGGAGGCCGGAGGAGGAGGAGGAGGAGGAGGAGGAGGGCUCUCUGGGCGGCUCCGCUCCCGCUGGUCAGCUGUUCCUGUCAGACAAACGUCUCCGGAACCACCGCAGGCGCCUCGAGCUUCUACCUGUCAACAAGUAAAAGCUGCCAUGGCCACUGGUGGAGCCUCAGCCCCAGGAGUCACCCAAUGGGCCACUAAGGUGGAGUUGACCAUCUCCUGUGAAAACCUCCUGGACAUGGACGUCUUCUCCAAGUCUGACCCUCUGUGCGCCAUGUACAUCAACACUUCAGGCUCCCACUGGUAUGAGUAUGGACGCACCGAGAUGAUCCUGAACUGCCUGAAUCCAAAGUUUGCCAAGAAGUUUAUCAUCGACUACUAUUUCGAGAUGGUGCAGAAGCUGAAGUUUUGCGUGUAUGACAUCGACAACAAUACCUAUGACCUGAGUGAUGAUGAUUUUCUGGGGGAGCUUGAAUGCACCCUUGGUCAGAUUGUUUCCAGCAAGCAGAUAACUCGAUCUCUGUUGCUGACAGACAAGAGGCCUGCAGGCCGUGGGACCAUAACAAUCUGUGCUGAAGAAAUCACAGACACCAGAGUGGCAGAUUUUGAGGUGUCGGGCCGCAAGAUGGACAAAAAGUAUCUGUGGUGGUCCGACCCUUUCCUGGAGUUCUACAAGCAGACAGAGACCGGCUGGCAGCUGGCUCACAGGACAGAGGUUGUGUACAACAACCUAAACCCAAUAUGGAGACCCUUCCGCAUCUCAUUGCGAUCGCUCUGUGGAGGAGAUGUGGAGAAGCCGAUCAAGGGUUUGACUGAAUACUAUUUGGUUGCAUUCAUUUAUUGUAUUAAAUAUGAAACCAAGACUAUUUUCUACUAUUUCUUGCAAGGAUCACACUCUUCUGGAUUUAGUUUAAUAUGUGCUGAUUGUUUACUUAUACCUUUAUUUUGUGUGUCUUUAUGUAGUAACAAAAUGUUUCCUGUCUUUGGUUUUGGAGCCAAGAUCCCUCCCUCCUGGCAGGUGUCCCAUGAGUUUCCAAUCAAUUUCAAUCCAGCAAAUCCAUUCUGUGCAGGCAUAGAGGGAGUGGUGCAGGCGUACCAGCAGUGUCUACCCCAGCUGAAGCUCUGGGGUCCCACCAACUUUUCUCCGAUUAUUGACCACGUCACCUGCUUCGCCAAACAAGCUGUCCGGCAGAACACGGCCUCGCAAUACUACGUGCUGCUCAUCAUCACAGACGGAGUGAUCACAGACAUGGACCAGACGCGCGCUGCGAUAGUAGAGGCCUCUCGUCUGCCCAUGUCUAUCAUCAUAGUGGGCGUGGGAGAUGCAGACUUCAGCGCAAUGGAGUUCCUCGACAGCGACGACAAGCUGCUGCGUUCGCCGACCGGUGACGUCGCUGCGAGAGACAUCGUCCAGUUUGUGCCAUUCAGGGAUUUCCAAGGAAACAGCGUGGCCCUUGCCCAGAGCGUCCUGGCAGAGCUGCCCGAUCAAGUGUCCUCCUUCUUCAAUUCUUACAAGCUGAAACCCCCAAAUAUAUCCACUGUUUCUGAGCCGUCUUAGAAAGGUGGGAUAAUGAACCCAAAUACCUCAUAUUUACCACAUGUUAUGUAUGUUAUGUUAUAUACAGCUUGUGCUGGCGCGUGUAGAGGAAGAAAAUUAUGGUCGAAUCAAAAACAGCAUUUAUUAUGUUUUUAAAAUGUAUUUGAAUUCUUGAAGAUGAAUUCCUCUGACAUGAUGCCUUGUAAUGCAUGAAAUCAUCAAGCAAUCAUGAUAAAAGUAAUCACACUGUGCACUACGAGUGUAUCACUGUGACAUGCUGCAAUGGCUUUGUUGAUUAAAGUGUUGUUUAAAUGUU